AUGAAAGCUACUGGAUCCUCUUCCAGCACAGGUUUGCAUAUUCCUUAUCCCCUCUCCUCUGUUUUAUCUUACACUUCAUUAUCCCCAUCUUUCAAAGCAUUUACCACUUCCAUCUCCAUCCAUACCGAACCCACAUCACAUAUUCAAGCCCUUAAAGAUCCCAUCUGGCGCGAGGCGAUGGAGCAAGAACUCACUGCUUUAGAAAAUAAUGAGACCUGGUCCAUCGUCGAAUUAACCCAUGGCAAGAAGCUGAUUGAUUGCAAAUGGAUUUACCGCUACAAAUUCAAAGCCGAUGGAUCUAAUAAACGUGCUAAAGCAAGGUUGGUGGCAAGAGGCUUCACUCAACGUGAAGUUUCCAUUCACACUUUGCUUAUUGACGCUGCCAUAAAAGGAUGGGAUUUGCAACAGUUGGACAUCAAUAAUGAAUUCCUCUAUGGAGACCUUGAUGAGGAACUCUACAUGCGGCUUCCUCCCGAUUUAGCUUCAUCAAAAUCCAAUCAAUCAGACGAUAGUCUGUUCAUCAAGCACACGGUUUCCUCUUUCACAGCCCUAUUGGUUUACGUAGACUACAUCAUUGUCAUGAGCUCAAACAAUACAUCCACCGAUGAGGUCAAGCAAUUUUUAUCCACCAAAUUCAAGAUCAAGAACCUGGGCUCACUAAAAUAUUUUCUUGGAAUGGAAAUAGCUCGCUCAAAGGUUGGAAUACAACUUUGUCAACGGAAGUAUACCCUGGAUAUUUUAUCCGAGACAGGCUUACUUGCUGCCAAACCCUCCCCUUUGCCAAUGGAACCGAAUCUCAAACUCCAAAAAGACCAAGGUGAUGUGUUUCAUGAUCCUACUCUAUAUAGGAAACUAGUUGGUAAGUUGCUCUAUUUAACCAACACACGGCCUGACCUUAGUUACAGUGUUAAUCUUCUAAGUCAAUUUAUGGAGAUCCCACGAGUACCUCACUAUAAUGCUCUCCUUAAAGUCCUUCGGUAUCUCAAGGGUAACCUAGGCCAAGGUUUAUUUUUUUCUACCACUUCCUCCCUCAAACUCACUACCUACUCUGAUGCAAAUUGUGCCAAUUGCCCAGACAUCAGGAGAUCAACAACUGGGUUUUGUGUAUUUAUUGACAAGUCUCUUGUUGCCUGGAAACCAAAAAAACAGCACACAGUUUCAUGA